AUGGUAUGUGAGCCUAUUUUCAAGCUAUUGAAGAAAGACGCCCCGAAAAAGUGGACCGAAGAGUGUCAGACUGCUUUUGAUGCCAUAAAAAACUAUUUAGCCAAUCCACCAGUAUUGGUUCCUCUGCGAGAAAAGAGUCCUUUGUUGCUGUACUUGUCUGUCUCAGAUAGUGCAUUCAGAUACGUGAUGCCGACUGGAAAGUUAGCUCAGUGGCAAAUUCUGUUGAGUGAAUUUGAUAUUGUGUAUGUGACUCAGAAAGCAAUAAAGGCACAGGCUUUGGCUGAUCACCUUCCAGAAAAUCCCGUUGAUGAAGAAUGCUACGGCCAACCAAAAGAAGUGAUACGCUGUGUCUCUCUCAAUUUCUUUCUAAGUGGAGAAGUCCUUUAUAGGAGGACUCUAGAUCUGGGUCUUCUAAGAUGUGUUGAUGUCGUUGAAGAUGUGAAGCUUAUUGAACAGAUACAUGUGCACGGUAAUUUGAUCCAAGUGCCACCUCACGAGCUUAAUGCUAUGAGUUCACCUUGGCCAUUUGUAGCUUGGGGCAUGGAUGCCAUCGGUCCAAUAGAGCCAGCCUCUUCUAAUCGACACAGAUUCAUUUUAGUUUCCAUUGAUUACUUCACCAAGUGGGUGGAAGCAGCUUCAUACAAGUCGGUAACCAAGAAUGUGGUGGCUGAUUUUGUUCGCAACAAUCUGAAAUAUAGAUUCGGGGUGCCAGAAUCCAUCAUUAUUGAUAAUGGUGCAAAUCUCAAUAGUCACUUGAUGAGAGAGAUAUAUAUGGCAAACACUGGUGUUACAGUGGCUGUUGCUGCACCAACCCGAACUCUUGUACCACAAGCAGAGAAAUCGGAUAAAUUCACAGGAAAGAGUUUUACUGGUGACUUGGGGCUAAAAGGACCUUAUGAAGAUGCUUAUACUAACUUCGAAUAUAAUUAUAAUUGA